AUAACUUUAAAGGUAAUCGAAAUGGCUCAAAUCAAUUCGAAAGUGUUUCAUUCGCUUCUUUUCUAUAACUUCAAAGGUUGCUACAAUUGCUAUACAAUGCCUAUCUUAAGGAAUUUUGUAUUUCUGUUGUUUCUGGUUGUAAAUGCUCAACGAAGUCAAUUUGACGUGAAUUGCCCAAAGCUGUGUCAUUGUAACAAGACUACGGUUGAAUGUCGUCACACAAAGAUCCACGGUAGAGAAAUGUUCUUAAACAUACGUCCGGAAGCAUAUCCGGAUUUGGAUACUGUCGUUGUAACUGGGAACAAUAUUGGAGAUCUGGCUGGAUCGAACAUUUUCGGUGUUAAUGUUACUCAUCGCUAUGUUUCCUUAGUCAAUUUAUCUGAUAAUGCUAUUAGCGCCAUCGAUUCAAAUACUUUUUGUGGCUUUCCAGCAGUGGAAUAUUUCUAUCUACAUGAUAAUGCAAUCGAGCGAAUUGGCGCUGAUCCAUUCCGACGAAAUGUACGUUUACGAGUUCUGGAUAUGUCAAAUUUUUUUUCUUCAUCGGUAUCGCUUGCUGAACGACCGCGCUUGCUGGCUAAUACAUUUGCCGGCUCUGUAAAUGAAUUUAAUAAUUUACAGGAACUAAUUCUACGUGACAAUGGUCUCACUGAAAUAUUAUCUGACACGUUUUGCAAGCUGAAUGGUCUAAUUCGAUUACAUCUAUCCGGUAAUAAGAUGAAAAAAUUCAAUGUUAAAUCGGGUUGCUUACAAAAUCUUAUUGUAUUGGAUCUCUCCGGAAACGAAUUUUCUACAUUAUCCACUCACCUUUGGGAAAUCCUUCCUGGUCUGACAUCGGUUGAUAUUUCUUCAAACCCUCUGAACUGCGACUGCGAUAUAAUGCCAGUCAUCAAGGAACUAUCGAAGAGUCCGACAUCUUCCCUCAAUCAGGGUUAUGCGAUAUGUGCUGAACCGGAAUCACGUAAAGGUCAAAAUAUCUUCGAGAUUCCAAAUUUUGCAUGCAAAAGCACCCAUCGAUUUUUGUAUUGGACUUUAUUUGUUGUUCUUUUCUGUGCAGCAAUGGGUUUUUGUCGUAUUUAUCGCAAUCGUAUCAAGUUGCGCCAUUUACCGUUUAUUGCCGGCUACAGUAAGCUUGGGGGAGAGAAUGAACAGGUUGCUAGCAAUCCAGAGUUUGUAUGA